CUCGACUACCAGCUUCCAGCUUCCUGCUCCCCAAGUCCCCCUCUCCUUAGAGCCUCGAUUGGACCAUCGUUGGCGCGUGAUAUUUGAUUCAGUCCUUGGAUAAUUCUUUGACUCUGCUCAAUUGUACUUGCUUGGCAACAAUGGAUCUCGACACUGGAGAUUCCCCGUGGGGCGAUGAGCCGUCGCGCUCGGUGAGCAGCCAUUCGGCAUCGAAGCAGGAUACCCAGGAGAAUGCUCCCACCCAGGCCACGCCGACAGCUGGAAGCCCCGAAGUUCGGACACCCGGAAGACGAGUGCCGCGAGGAACCAGGAAGAUCAGCGCGCAAGCGACACGUUUGGAAGCCGUCGACAACACCGUUGAUCCUCUUGGCCCGCUCGGGGAAUCGACGCCCGAUGUAACCGCGACUCCUACAGAAGAGGCACCGGCCCCCCCGCAGAAAGAAUCGCUUGCCGCUCGAAGCCCUCAACCGGCCUCGACGUUUGCCCAGAUCCCCGGCGCCACUGGCCUUGCCGACUCGGUGCAUCUUGAAGAAGACGGCGCCGGUUUCCGAGGCCCUCCGCCUGUACAGCCUGCCGCCGAUGUCGACGGGCCUAAACGACAGACACAACCAAGCAUGAGCAUCGAGCAAGCUGCGAAGCCCACCUUUGACAUCAGUGUUGGGGAUCCUCACAAAGUGGGAGACCUGACGAGCAGUCAUAUUGUCUAUCAAGUGCGGACGAAGACUACAUCCAAGGCAUACCGUCAACCCGAGUUCGCGGUCAGCCGCCGGUAUCGUGACUUUCUUUGGCUAUACACUUCCUUGCACAACAACAAUCCCGGUGUGGUCGUUGCUCCUCCUCCCGAGAAGCAAGCCGUAGGCCGCUUUGAUACAAACUUUGUCGAGUCGCGAAGAGCAGCGCUCGAGCGCAUGCUGAACAAGAUCGCGGCUCACCCCAUUCUCCAGCAUGACGGUGACCUGAAGAUCUUCCUCGAAAGUGAGGCUUUCAACGUGGACAUUAAGAAUAAGGAGAACCGGGAGCCCGACCUUGGACAAAGCAAGGGCAUGUUUAGUGGCUUCAGUAUUUCAGUCGGCGGAGGCGGCAAGUUUGUAGAGCAUGACGAUUGGUUCCACGACCGCAAGGUCUACCUGGACGCACUUGAGAACCAGCUCAAGGCACUCCUGAAAUCUAUGGACACGGUGGUUGCGCAACGCAAGGGUCUUUCUGAGGCCGCGGGCGAUUUCUCAAGCUCGCUUCACGCCCUGGCUGCCGUUGAGCUUUCCCCCGCACUAGCAUCUCCCUUGGACGGUCUAUCGGAGCUUCAAUUCCGAAUUAAAGAGCUUUACGAACGCCAAGCUCAGCAGGACGUUUUGACUCUGGGCAUUACAAUUGACGAAUACAUUCGAUUGAUCGGCAGUGUCAAGACUGCAUUUUCCCAACGACAAAAGGCCUUCCAUAGCUGGCACGCCGCAGAGUCGGAUCUGCAGAAACGCAAAAACACCCAGGAAAAGCUCCUUCGUCAGGGCAAGUCCCAGCAAGAUCGCCUCAACCAGGCCAACGCCGAUGUUGCCGAUGCGGAGCGCAAGGUACACCAAACCCGACUCUUGUUCGAAGAUAUGGGCCGCUUGAUGCGGAAUGAGCUGCAGAGGUUCGAGAAGGAGAAGGUGGAAGAUUUCAAGUCCGGCGUGGAGACUUUCCUUGAGAGUGCGGUAGAGGCUCAAAAGGAGUUGAUCGAGCUCUGGGAAACCUUCCUCAUCCGUCUAGACGCUGGGGAGGAUGGCCUACCCUAUUAUGUGCCACAGUCUGAGACCGGUGAGACUGGCGAGGCACCCGUGUCCGAGUCAACAAAAUCGCAGAACGAGCCUGCAGCGGUCCCCGAAGAUGAAGAUGAAGCAUAAUAAUUCUGGGUCUUCACUCGUGGACGCUUUUAUACAAAAUCAAUCCGACAAGCUGGAACAUACAUUAUCCAGUCCUAUUCUUGUAUCCACUACAGAAUCUCUUCCUUCGCCCCCUCCUCCCUGCCUUUAUAAGGUAUAACCCCAAUUAUUGUCUUCAGCCAGCUAUUUUACCGUCCGCC